AAUACGAAGAGGAAAAAUAAACCUAAAAGCAUUAUUGGAUUUGGAUGAUGGAUGGGCAAAAUUCUUGGCCUCCCGAUCAUCCGCGUCACUGUUCUAGAAGAAGGCAGUUACAUUUUCUUUGCUGGUCUUCGUGCUCUGCCUUUCGUUUCUCCAUGGGGAUCACCAUCUGGGGCGAUUCAGAGGUAUUAGAUAUCUUCAGAAACUGCAAGUAUGCUGCAAAUCCAAGUAAUGCAAUUAUGAAGGAAUUUGUUAUUUUUUGUAGGGACAAGUUGGUCCCCUUAGCCCUUAGGGCUAGUUGUUGUUAACCUUCUGUUUACAUAUUUAUUUAUACUGAGAAAAGGACCCAUUCUUCAGUUUUAGUUUAGAUCUUUGGAGAUUCCAUCAAAAUGGCUUGUGCAUUAUGCAUUCAGACUCUCGCCCUUGCGCUAAUAUCAUUGAGCUUCUUAAAUAUCACAAUUGGGGAUCCAAGAACUAGUCUUGUAGCACAGUGGUGCAAUCAUACUUUAGCUGCCAAUGGUGCUAUUCUUGCAGACAAUUUUGUUCCUGCAAUGGAUAAUCUAAGUAGUCACGUUAAUGCAAAUGGGUAUGGAACAAGCAUCACGGGGGUAAAUCCGAAUGCGGUUUGCGCUCUUGCUCAGUGUUAUGGAGACCUUAGUUCAAUUGAUUGUAAGUUGUGCUUCUCUGAGAUCAGAUCUCAGCUACCUAAAUGUUAUCCAGAUACAGGUGGCACACUUUUCCUUGAUGGGUGUUUUGGGAGAUAUGAAAAUUACACAUUUUUUGAUGAGAUAUUUUCUCGAAAUGAUACAACUAUUUGUUCUUUUAGUAACAAUAAUUCAAAUCCAAACAUCUUUGGUCAAACUGUGAAGGAGGCUGUUGGCAAUGUGUCUUUGCAAGCACAAAACAAACAUGGAUUUGCUGUAGGUUCAGCAUCAAAUUUCAACUCAACUGUAUAUGUUCUUGCUCAAUGUUGGGAGAAUUUGAAUAGUUCUCUUUGUAGUUCGUGUCUUCAUACCGCUGCUUCGGCAAUUUUAUCAUGUUCUCCAGCUACGGAAGGGCGAGCACUCUAUGCUGGGUGUUUUCUGAGAUACUCGACAAAACUUUUCUGGAACGUGAAUCAGGCAUCUUCAAGUUCUAGCGGGACAAGUAAAACAAUAUGGAUAAUAGUCGGUUUAUUAGUUGGGGCCAUCGUUUUAAUACUACUGGGACUCUUGAUUGCAAAAAGAAGAGGUUUAUGGGGCAGAAAAAAGCAGGCUUCUUUAAAAGAUUUAUACGGGCUAGAAAUGGCAGCAGCUAUUUCACAAUCAAAUCUAAAUUUCAAAUAUGAAGACUUGAGAAAAGCUACAAAUAACUUUAAGCUGUCCAACAAACUUGGUCAAGGUAGUUAUGGGACUGUAUACAAGGGUGUUCUUUCUGAUGGAAAAGAAGUUGCUGUGAAACAGCUUUUUCUUAACACAAGACAGUGGAUUGAACAAUUUUUCAAUGAAGUUGAUCUGGUAAACAAAGUUCGCCACAAGAAUUUGGUGAAGCUACUUGGCUGCAGUCUAGAUGGCUCUGAGAGCUUGCUUGUUUACGAGUACUACAAGAACAGGAGCCUGGAUCAGUUUAUAUUUGAUGAAAGUCAUGAUAAACUGCUAGACUGGCAACAGAGGUUUGAUAUCAUCCAAGGAGUUGCAGAAGGUCUAUCUUACCUCCAUGACGAGUCUGACACUCGGAUUAUUCAUCGAGAUAUAAAGGCUAGUAAUAUUCUGCUGGAUGACAAGCUUAAACCCAAAAUAACUGAUUUUGGCCUUGCAAGAUCUUUUGCUCAGGAUCAAACUCACCUUACCACUGGAAUCGCUGGAACAUUGGGUUAUCUUGCUCCAGAAUAUAUUGUCCAUGGGCAUCUCACUGAGAAGGCGGAUGUUUACAGCUUUGGUGUUUUAGUUCUUGAAAUCGUGACUGGAAAACGGUGCAGUAGUCCUGUAGGUUCUCAUGCAGAGCAUUCACUUUUAGCAAAGGUAUGGAACCAGUACAAGGCGAAUACAUUGGACAAUGUCAUCGACAAUAGAAUCUACAACAAGAAUGUGAGGGAUGAGAUAAUACAAGUGAUUUUGAUAGGUCUUCAAUGCACCCAAGCUGACUCACAUAGCCGGCCGACAAUGUCGAGAGUUGUGGAGUUGUUGAGGAGUAACCGUAGUGGUGAUGAUGAAGAACUUGUACUGUUGGAUCCUCCCUUCUUAGAUGUCUCCCCCAUGGAAGCUCUUGAGGGAGAGAGCUCCAGGCUGAUAUCUGCUGAUAUGUCUGUAUCUCGGCUUAGUGCAAGAUGAGCUCGCUACCUGCUAUUGCAAUUAAGCUGAGUAAUGGUGUGUGCUUAUAUAUAAUAAUAAUAUGGUUUAACAGGCAUGAGGCGUAUAGUUUUGAAGGUCUAUACUUCAAUGGCAUUUAUGGUAUUAUUUGUAGUAGUGGUAGUAUUUUGUAGCUUCAAUUAGUACUUUUUAUGUAGGAAAUAAGUUUUAAUUUUCUGUCAGCUGAAUCUCUUAUAAUUUCUAUUGAAUAUGGUGGUCGCAUUCUUAUGAA